ACGUCCAUGGCGCGACUGCCGUCCCGGGCGGGGCCUGGGCUCGUCUGCUACGCGGCUAUGGUGCAGCGGCUGGGGGCGGUUCUUUCGAACGGGGCGGCUCCAAUCUGCCCAGGGCGGUGGCACUCACUACGGCCACCGCACCGGACCCCGGGGGCCGCCAUCUUAACCAGGACGGAGGCCGCGCAGGGCCCCGUGGAGCACGCGCAGGAGCGCCGGAAGCGGAAGUGGUGGGUUGUGGGCUGGAUUUGGAGAUCCGUGCAGAUUCCCAUGGCGGCGGAACGAGAAUCGGACUCCACCGAGCCUCCUGGCUCUGAGACACUCCUGGAUGCCGUGCUUCGGACCCUCUACGACCUGGGAGAGACGGAGGUUGAAAAAGAGCAUAAAAGGAUCAGAAAGAAGAGAGAAAAGAAGAGAGACGUGGAAACAGUAGCAGAUGUGACAGCAGAGUCACUUCCUCUGCCUGGAGCUCUUGUGAGAGGCCAGAGGAAGAGUGCUUCCAGCUUUUUCAAGGAGCUCAAAGAAGAGCUGCACUCUGCUCCUGCUGUCCCCUCAGCUCCCCCUUCAGGACCGGAAGUCCCUGCCACUACUGCAGUACCGCUCUCUCCGCUAAAGAACAACAGCAAGCUAGUGGAAGUGGUGGAGUUUCAAAGCAAAAGUAAAAAAAGAAAACCAAAAUCAGAUCAAGAGGAGCACACAAAGAAUAAAACAAGGGCCCUUGAAAAAGAUUUGGGAAUUCAAGAAUUUAACCUAGAAAAGGCUCGUUUGGAAGUACACCGCUUUGGGAUCACAGGCUACGGCAAAGGGAAGGAGAGAGUCCUGGAACGGGAGCGGGCCAUCAUGCUGGGGGCUAAGCCUCCGAAAAACAGUUAUGUGAAUUACAAGGUUUUACAGAAACAAAUCAAAGAGAAAAAGGCAGCCCUGGAGGAAGAGAAGAGAAAGGCCCGGGACACAGACAUUUUCAAGAGAAAGAAGAGGAAAGGACAGGAGGACAGGAGAUCCAAGAAGUCGGCUCCCAGCAUUUUGUCAAAUGGACGAGUUGGACAAGUUGGAAAAUUCAGAAAUGGGACAUUGAUUCUAAGCCCCACUGAUAUCAAGAAAAUAAAUUCUUCCAGGGUAGCUAAAUGAUGUACUUUGUCAGCACCAGAGAGGAGUGGGAACAAGUGACCGUGCCGUCACAGGACCCUGCUGAAGCUGCAGACUUUCACGUUCCACAGGAGCCUUUUUCAUUUGAGGAGCAAAACUGAUAAAUAGGGUGGUGACCCUGCCGAGUGCCGGCCAGUGCCCAGGCUCCACUCCCAUGGGCUGUAGAGGUCGGUCUCUGCAGUUGGUGA